AUGCUCGUUCAGCAGUUGAUCGUCGGUCAACGCGAUGAAAAAGCUCGAGAAAAUCUCUUAUCAGAGAAGAAGGAUUUGUCAUGGGAGAAAGCCUGUGAUAUUGCCAGUCAUCAGGAGCGCGUGCGGCAAAACCUUCAGCAGCUGAUUCAGUCAAACGAUGGAGUGAUAGCAGCCUUGGAAUCGGAAAUGGCUUUCUCCCUGGUCAACACUGCUGUGUCUUCACCUAGACAGCGACCCUCAGCUCCCUCAAAACAACUACCAUCAUGCUACCGUUGUGGCCAGCAUCAUAUCCGGUGGUCAGACUGUAGACACCAGAAGACGGUAUGCCAGUUUUGCAAGAAAGUCGGCCACAUCGAACGAGUGUGUUUCUCCAAAAGACGAGCGAAUAGUAACACGCAUGCGACCUACCCUAGUCCAGCUGGGAAUGGUGAGGCGAUACUCCGAAUGUUUCCUGCCAACGCUCCACUCCAAUCGCCCUACACCAUCACGCUUCCGGUUGAUCACCAUCCCGUGAAGUUUGAAAUCGAAACUGGCUCAGAUGUUACUCUCAACAAUGAGGCCUCUCUUCAGAAAUUACCCUCCCUCCUACCGGCUAGCUGAACAUUCCGUAGUUACACUGGACAGAACGUAGACGUUCGAGGGGUCUUUACAGCCGAAGUCGAACAUGAUGGAGAACUUCAUUACUUGCCGGUUCAUGUGGUGAGAGGAAGCCAGCAACCGAAUCUCCUUGGACGAAAUUGGAUUAAAUGUGUGCCUUCUGUGCUAUCCUAUGUACAUCGGAUUGGUGUAAAUCCGGCUUUAGAUUCAAUUUUGGUAAAUCAUAAGUAUCUAUUUCGUGACGAUUCAGCUACCCACUACCGCGGUCCACCUGUUAAGUUUCAGUUUCAGUCAGAUUUCCGGCCCCGGUUCUUCAAAGCUCGUACAGUCCCCUAUGCACUCGCACCGAAGGUCGAAGAAGAGCUGGAUCGCCUACAGAAAGCGGAUAUUAUUGAGCUCGUGCAAUAUUCGGAAUGGGCAGCCCCAAUAGUUCCUGUUCUUAAAACCGAUGGUUCUGUGCGUAUCUGUGGCGACUACAAGCUGACAAUCAACUCAGCAACUAAACUGAACCCUUAUCCUCUCCCGCGCAUCGAGGAUCUGUACGCAUCUCUCUCGGGUGGUCAUCAAUUUACAACUUUGGACCUAAAGCAUGCCUACAACCAAGUCGUCCUAGAUACUGAAUCCCGAGACGCCACCACCAUCAAUACGCAUCGGGGUUUAUUUCGAUAUAAAAGACUACCAUUUGGAGUAAGUUCGGCUCCCGGGUUAUUUCAAUGCUUGAUUGAUAAUCUCGUGAAGGAUAUACCUCACGUUUGCGCAUAUCUUGACGAUAUAUUAGUUACCGGCCCAUCUGAACAUAAUCAUCUAGAGACUCUAAACAUCGUGUUAGGACGUUUAGAGGACUCCGGUUUUAAUCUCAGGAAAGAUAAGUGCACUUUCCUUGCCGACUCAGUAGAAUAAAUGGGCUUCAGGGUGGAUAAAACUGGCCUCCAUCCACACGAACAUAAGCUCAAAGCCUUGAAGACGGCGCCGCGCUCCAGCAAUACUAGUCAGUUGCGUUCAUUCCUGGGGUUGGUCACCCACUUUAGUCGCUUUAUGAAUCAAUCGGCUACAAUUCUCAAGCCUCUUUAUCGACUACUUGAAAAGAAUUGCGGCUGGCACUGGUCGGAGGUCGAACAAAGUGCUUUCGAACAGGCAAAGGCGGCUCUUACCUCCUCAUCUGUCCUAGUUCACUAUGACCCCGAAAAGCCUAUCAUACUGAAAUGUGAUGCGUCUCCGUACGGCGUAGGUGCGGUUCUCAUGCAUCGAAUGCCUUCGGGUUCGGAGAUGCCGAUUGCUUUUGCAUCAAGAACCAUGUCACAGGCGGAAACCAACUAUUCGCAACUAGACAAAGAGGCCUUAGCAAUAAUGUUUGGCCUACAUCGGUUCCACCUGUAUCUUUUUGACCAACACUUUGAAAUUCACACUGAUCACAAACCCCUCUUAGGUUUGCUGGGAGAAAAACGAGGGAUACAACAGAUGUCCUCGCCAAGAAUGCAACGAUGGGCACUCAAUUUAUCUGCUUACACGUAUGCAAUGAAAUACGUUACAGGUAGUGCAAACGUAGUGGCUGACGCCUUGAGUAGGCUUCCUAUCGUGGACGAUGGCAUUGACGGGGCACCUGUUUUUGAGACCGUGAAUCUUUUGCAGAAUCUAGUCAGCGCGCCUGUAACCUGUCAACAAAUUCGACAGUGGACAUCGAGAGACCCUCUCCUAAGUCGGGAAAAAGAGCCUUACAAUCUGGCUGGCCGUCCUCUACCUCCUCUGAUUUUCAACCAUUCUUCAGCCGUCAGAACGAGUUAAGUCUACAAGACGGAUGCAUACUAUGGGGCAAUCGUGUAGUUGUACCACCACAAGGCCGACGGGCCAUCCUCAGAGACCUGCAUAAUGCUCAUCCUGGUACAGUUAGAAUGAAAGCUCUCGCCCGCAGCUAUGUUUGGUGGCCUAAAAUUGACGCAGAUAUAGAAAACAUGGUGAAAGCAUGUCACGUCUGUCAAAUAACACAGAAGACCUUACCGAAGGUUCCUCUGAAGCCUUGGGCCUGGCCCGACUCGCCGUGGAAGAGGGUACACGUCGAUUAUUUUGGGCCAUUCCAAGGCCAUAUGGUUUUGGUGGUAGUUGACGCCCACACUAAAUGGAUUGAUGCGAUUCCGACAGGCAAUUCUUGUUCCUCACUGACUACAAUCAACAAGUUGCGAACCGUAUUUUCUACUUUUGGGAUACCUGAAAUGGUCGUUUCAGACAAUGGCCCCGCCUUUACUAGUGCAGAAUUUAAAGAUUUCAUGGAGAAAAAUGGAAUUAGACAUUUAACUUCUGCCCCGUACCACGCUGCUUCAAAUGGCCUCGCAGAGCGUGCAGUUCAGACAAUAAAGCACGGACUAGCCAGACAGACAGAAGCCGACUUGGCCACCAAGUUGUCACGCUUUCUUUUCAGCUAUCGCAUAACACCAAACGACUCAACUGGUGCUUCGCCUGCAGAAUUGAUGUUCAAGCGGCAGUUGCGCACACGACUCGACCUGCUUAAUCCAUCAACGCAGGAUAGGGUCAUUGCAAAACAGACGAAGAUGAAAGAACGAUAUGAUGUGAGCACCCAACCACGAGUCGUCGCGCCCAACGAAAGUGUCUACACGCGACUGGAACACGAAACGAACUGGUGUCCAGCGGUAGUUCGAAAAAGCGAGGGUCAAAUAGUGGAAUUAGAGUUAGAAGGUGGGAGAAUUGUGCGUCGACAUCUGGACCAAGUUCGCAGCCGAACGGACACAGUAAGUGGAGAAUUCGGAGAGUUAGAACUGCCAGCAACCCUUGAUAGGGAUCCUGACAUCCCGAGGACAGAGCCUCUACUUCCUGCACAGGGCACAGGGACCAGGGGGUGCGGUGGAACGCCAAGGUGAGGAUCCGUCCGAGCCAUCCACCUGCGGCCUCCCUCGUCUCCGGUCUUCUUGACUCUGUCUUGACACCGGGCCCAGGCGGGGGAGGAGGAGAGAGUGUAGGUAGAUGCUACGCAAGUCUACUGGCAGUAUAAACCUCUGCGUAAGUCACCGUCCCUGCUCCCACAAUGCAGUCUGUGGGGCACACGGUGGACAUAGUCGAAACCGACGGUCGAACUGUCGUGUGUGUGUGUGUGUGCCCUCAAAACGGGCCGCGUGUUAGAUGCGCUGGACCAACACGGGGGGCACAUCGGACUCUGGCAGGCGUUAUCUGUGCGCAAUAACAAAUGCCAACAUUUGCGGGGUGCGCUGGCGGACCCUGUUUUUCGGCAUUCGUCGCACAACUAGACCACUGCCUCCACCCUAUUGUUUUGUGGUCAAAAUCCUGGUCUUGGUGUGUGGACCAGGGGUGCGGAGUGGAGCGCCAAGGCGAAGACCCGCCCGAGCCAUCCACCUGCGGCCUCCCUCGUCUCCGGUCUUCUUGACUCUGUCUUGACACCGGGCCCAGGCGGGGGAGGAGGAGAGAGUGUAGGUAGAUGCUACGCAAGUCUACUGACAGUAUAAACCUCUGCGUAAGUCACCGUCCCUGCUCCCACAAUGCAGUCUGUGGGGCACACGGUGGUCAUCGUCGAAAUCGACGGACGAACUGUCGUCGUGUGUGUGUGUGUGUGUGUGUGUGUGUGUGUGUGUGUGUGUGUGUGUGUGUGUGUGUGUGUGGGGUGUAGGGAUUUCAGCGGUGGGUCCACGUGAUGGUCGUAGUGGUCGCUCACUUGCUUGCAGGUGAGACUACGCCUAGCGUCCAUUUGCUGACACCUAACUCUCACAUGUGGCUCCACGUAGCUGGGCUCUGCUCAGCGGCCACACCCCGGGCAACCGUCUCGACCGGCGGGCUAAACCAGGUGAGGGUAUCCGUGCGUGCACCUUCACGCGCGGUACUGUGGUCUGCGCUGGCCGGAUGGAUCGUCGCGUCGACAUCGUCGAGACGAGGCUCUGCCUGGUCCAUCGCAGGAGGCCACCAGGUAAGUUCUUCUUCAGGUAUGCGCGUUUGCUUUGUUUCUUCCUUUUGUUUGUUGAAGUUCCGCGUCGUACGCUGCGCUUGCUGCCUGCCCUUUAUAUGCUAGUCUGUCUGUUAAUAACUAAACGACACCCUCGAUGCCUGCUGCGAUUGUCUGUCCGUCAGUCUAUGCCACUCUCUACUAAUAGCUAGGUGUUACGGUGCUUGACUUUGUGUGGUGCCCUCACUUUGUCUCUGACUGAUGACUGUGUCCGCCUGUCCACUCUAGUUCUAAGUCCCAUAGCGUUAGGUAGUGUGUAUGCUCUCUCCUACUUCACUCCAUCACAUCAUCACCACCACCAAGGUCCCAGGCCAAUUCGGGUCGUUCUCUCACUAACAAAAAGUCGUGGCCCAUAGUGGAGUCCGGCAGCCGUCUGGGAUAACCGGGCAGCCCUGUUCAGGGAUGCGUUGCCUGCCCCCGCGAGGGGGAGGGGGCUAGAAAAGGUGCCCAAAAGAUCGCUGGGAACCACGCUGUCUGUAGGCUGGCCGUGGCCGCAGACAAAAAACACACGGUCGAAACGGCCAAAACCGAAACAACAACAACAACAAUCACUCUCUUCCUCUUCCAGCCUAUUCUUCUUCUUCUUCUCCUACUCCUACUUUUCGUCGCCGCAGUCGCCAGACUGGCAGGGUGAGCCCGCUCACUCUGGCAGCCUGGAAUGUUCGUUCCCUUUUAGACAAUCCGAGGAGCAACCCACCGGAUCGGAGGACGAUGCUAGUGGCACGAGAACUGGCGCGCUACAAGGUGGACAUCGCCGCACUCAGCGAGACCCGAUUCUCCGAACACCGCCGGUUACACCUUCUUCUGGAGUGUUCGACCCAGGGCAGAGCGACGAGACGCGGGUGUCGCCUUCGCCAUCCGGACCGACAUCGUGGGACGACUGCCCUGUCUGCCGCAGGGAAUCAACGACCGCCUAAUGAGUCUCCGCCUGCCUCUCCGGCGAGGAGGCAAGUUUGCCGCCAUCAUCAGCGCCUACGCUCCGCCGAUGACCAGCCCCGACGCCGUCAGAGACAAAUUCUAUGAGGACCUGCACGCCCUCUUGGCAACUGUGUCGAAGGCGGACAAGUUGAUUGUCCUUGGCGACUUCAACGCCCGCGUCGGCACAGACCAUACUGCCUGGAGGGGAGUGCUGGGUCCUCACGGUCUCCGCGGCUCCAACGACAACGGCCUGCUUCUCCUCCGCACCUGCGCAGAACACCGCCUCACCCUGACGAAUACGUUCUUCUGUCUGCCGGAGCGAGAGAAGGCCACCUGGAGGCAUCCUCGGUCGCGCCAGUGGCACCUGCUGGACUAUGUCCUCGUCCGGAGGCGAGAUCAGCGGGACGUGCUGGUGACGAAGGCGAUCGCGGGUGCUGACGGGUGGACCGACCAUCGCCUCGUCAUCUCGAAGAUGCGUAUUCGCCUACAGCCUCACAGUAGACCACAAGGUAAGCGACCCCCAGGUAAGCUGAAUGUUGCUUUAUUGUCUUUGCCUGCUCACCGUCUCCAUUUCAGCAGUGAGCUAGCUCAACGGCUAGACAACCUUCCUAUCGCUGUCGCCGCCGACGACUCCGCCGCUGCCGCCGAGAACGCCUCUGUGGACAACCGCUGGUGUCAACUGCGAGACACGGUCCAGUCGACGGCGCUCGCCGUCCUCGGUCGCGCUCCCCGCCAACACCAGGACUGGUUCGACGACAACAACGCUGCCAUCAGAAAUCUGCUUGCCGAGAAGAACCGCCUACACAAAGCCUACGUAGAUCACCCCACUUAG